AUCAGCGUCGUAGGAAGUCCCGCCCCUUUCCAAUGACGGCAACGGCGCUGUGUUGUGAGUCUGCUGGUAGCAAAACCUCACAUUACUGCACAUUACAGUUCGUUAUUUAAAUCAAGCGUUCGUGAUCUGAAGAAGGGCUGUACAUUGCGGAAUAUCAUGUCAGACACGGAGACCAAGCCCUCAAGUGAUGGAGGUGAGAAGAAAGAUGGAGAAUAUAUUAAACUGAAAGUGAUCGGUCAGGACAACAGUGAAAUUCACUUCAAAGUGAAGAUGACGACACAUUUAAAGAAGCUGAAGGAGUCCUACAGUCAGAGACAGGGUGUACCCAUGAACUCUCUACGGUUUCUUUUUGAGGGACAGAGAAUUGCAGACAACCAGACCCCCAAAGAGAUAGAAGCUAGCCAAAUUAUGCAGAUGCCAACAUGGACAGGUGUGUGA